GUAGAGAACCUCUUCAAGAUCGCUUAGUCUUAAGUGCAAACCACCAAGAGUGUUAAUUUAUGCAAUCAUAACUGUCAUCAUCAUAAUUAUUGGCAACAAAUUAACUAAUUGGGUAAUAAAAAUAGAAUUUUGAAACUUUUUAAUCUUUACGAAAAUGAAAACUGGAAUAGUGUUUCUUGCAACAGUGAUAACAUUUGCAAAAUCCCAAGUGUCUUUAGGUGUCACUCUAGAGAACCUUCUUGAAGAAGAAUGGAUGGCCUUCAAGCUAACCUACAAUAAAUCAUAUGCUUCACCCGAAGAAGAAAAUUUCAGACGAGAAAUUUUCAUCGAAAAUCGCCACAAAAUCGCGCGUUUUAACCAAGAAUAUGGCCGUGGUCAAUGGUCUUUCGUCCAACAACUUAAUAAUUUUGCCGAUAUGCUUCAUCAUGAAUUUCACAGGACGCUCAACGGUUUUAAUAGGACUUUGAGUGCAAGGGUUGGUAUACCCCAAUCGACGACUUUUAUACCAAGUGCCAAUGUGAUUUUCCCCGAUUAUGUGGAUUGGCGCGAAGUUGGUGCGGUUACACCGGUUAAAAAUCAAGGUUCUUGUGCUGGAUGCUGGGCUUUCAGUGCGGCAGGAGCUUUGGAAGGCCACAAUUUCCGAAAAACGGGCAGAUUGGUCGAAUUAAGUCCACAAAAUCUGAUUGACUGUAGUACAAAUUACGGUAAUGAUGGAUGUUCUGGAGGACUAAUGAAUCCUGCAUACGAAUAUGUCAGAACUAAUCCUGGGAUUGACACUGAAGAUUCAUAUCCUUAUGAGGCGCAAAACGGGCCUUGUAGAUUUCGUCCAGAAACAGUUGGUGCUUAUUGUACAGGUUAUGUAGACAUAGCAGAAGGGGAUGAACAAGGUCUCGAAGCAGCGAUCGCAACUUUAGGACCUGUUUCAGCAGCGAUGGAUGCAGGUCGACAAUCGUUUCAAUUUUAUUCAGAUGGUAUCUAUUACGACCCUCAGUGUGGUAAUAGGCCGGAUGAUGUCAACCAUGCUGUGUUGGUGGUAGGAUAUGGGACAGAACCCAAUGGGCACUGGAGAAACUCUGCUGUGAGCGAAGUCAAAGACCAAGGACAAUGCGGAUCCUGCUGGAGUUUCAGUACUACUGGAGCCGUCGAAGGACAACUCGCCAUCUCAGGCAGAGGUAUGACCUCCCUUAGUGAACAAAACUUGGUAGACUGUUCUUCCGGAUACGGAAACGCGGGAUGCAAUGGUGGAUGGAUGGACAGCGCCUUCGACUACAUCCACGACUAUGGUAUCAUGUCCGAAAAUGCCUAUCCUUACACCGCCUCAGAAGGCUCCUGCCGAUUUGACGCCUCUCAGUCCGUCACCAGUCUUCAGGGAUAUUACGAUAUCCCCUCUGGAGAUGAAAGUGCCCUCCAAAGUGCUGUUGCCAACAAUGGUCCAAUCGCUGUAGCCAUCGACGCCACUGACGAACUCCAAUUCUACUCCGGAGGUGUUUUGUACGACACCACUUGCUCUCCUGAAGCCUUGAAUCACGGUGUCUUGGUUGUUGGUUACGGUUCGGAAAGCGGUUCCGAUUACUGGAUCGUCAAGAACUCCUGGGGCAGUGGAUGGGGAGAACAAGGAUAUUGGAAACAAGCUCGUAAUAGUAACAACAACUGUGGUAUUGCUAGUGCUGCUUCAUAUCCAGCUUUGUAAAUCGUUGAUGUAUUUACUUCAAUUAAAAAAAAAUAAAUAAAAAUUUAAAAUUUAAA